AUGGAAGGGCCCAUCUGGUUGGACAAUAUCUACUGCACCGGCAAGGAGGCCACCCUCGCGGCCUGCUCCUCCAAUGGCUGGGGCGUCACCGACUGCAAGCACACCGAAGACGUGGGUGUGGUGUGCAGUGACAAAAGGAUUCCUGGUUUCAAAUUCGACAGUUCGUUGGUCAACCACAUAGAGAACCUGAACAUCCAGGUGGAGGACAUCCGGAUCCGAGCCAUCCUGUCGGCCUACCGCAAGCGCACCCCCGUGACAGAGGGCUAUGUGGAGGUCAAGGACGGCAAGACCUGGAAGCAGAUCUGCGACAAGCACUGGACAGCCAAGAAUUCCCGAGUGGUCUGCGGCAUGUUUGGCUUCCCUGGGGAGAGGACGUACAACACCAAAGUGUACAAGCCAAGACAAAAAGCAAUUCUCUCCUCUCCAGAAGAGGAGGCCUGGAACCUUGAGCUGGUUAUGGGAUGCAGUUGGAAGAGUUCUGAGGGUGGGAGAAACACGUUCUUACCGUCUAGGACUUUAUUGCCCACUCCAGAAACUUACCUUCAGAAGCUGUCAGUAGUACCUGUUUGUUUUCCUCCCCCAGGGAUAGGACCCAUCCACCUCAAUGAAAUCGAGUGCACCGGGAAUGAGAAGUCCAUUAUAGACUGCAAAUUCAAUGCCGAGUCUCUGGGCUGCAACCACGAGGAAGAUGCUGGCGUGAGAUGUAACAUCCCUGCCAUGGGCUUCCAGAAGAAGCUGCGCCUGAAUGGGGGCCGGAACCCCUACGAGGGCCGGGUGGAGGUGCUGGUGGAGAGGAACGGGUCCCUCGUAUGGGGGACAGUGUGUGGCGAGAACUGGGGCAUUGUGGAGGCCAUGGUAGUCUGCCGGCAGCUGGGCCUGGGGUUUGCCAGCAGCGCCUUCCAGGAGACCUGGUAUUGGCAAGGAAAUGUCUACGCCAACAAAGUGGUCAUGAGCGGGGUGAAGUGCUCGGGAACGGAGCUGUCCCUGGCUCACUGCCGCCACGAUGAGGACGUGGCCUGCCCCCAGGGUGCAGUGCAGUAUGGGGCCGGAGUCGCCUGCUCAGAAACUGCCCCUGACCUGGUCCUCAAUGCGGAGAUCGUCCAGCAGAGCACCUACCUGGAGGACCGUCCCAUGUUCAUGCUCCAGUGUGCCAUGGAGGAGAACUGCCUCUCAGCCUCGGCCGCCCAGACCAACCCCACCACAGGCUACCGACGCCUUCUGCGCUUCUCCUCCCAGAUCCACAACAACGGGCAGUCUGACUUCCGACCCAAGAAUGGCCGCCAUGCGUGGAUCUGGCACGAUUGUCACAGGUGAGCCCUCCUGCAUCACCCGCCGGCCACGCUGGCCCGACACGCUGCAGGGCCUGCAUGGGAUUCAGAAUCGCAGGCUCCCUCUGAGACAGCCGAGAGGCCACACACCCAGGAGGCAGGGAGUCCGGGUCGCCACAGUGGCCUUCCACACUUACUGAGCCAUUCUCCAGUCCCGGCUGUCCCGGCCCCACUCACCUUCCCCGAGCCUGGUCUCUUUCUUGCCUCCGGGGCCUAAUGUUAGGAAACAAACUUGGAGUACCCGAUGUCUCUCUACUGACCCUUUGGUCGAUGGUUUUCAAGUGCAUCUACGGCAAGUUCAUGCUCUGCAGGGUACUUGGGGAUUCUGCAGUUUUUGG